ACCCCAUUUAAACCUCAGAUUUUGUCAUCACUUCUCAUUAUAACCAUCAUCAUCACACUCUCUACCUCCAUAAUCAUCAUCACCUUCUUUCUUCCAAAAACAAUCCCAUUAUCCCUUUCCCUUGUUUUUUCUCCCUUUUGUUUCCUUUCCCCUUUCAACCCUACAACACUUCAUCAAACUAACACAUCCCUUUAAAUCAAAAAAGAAAGAAAAAAAAACCCUAAUCCCCUCUCUCUCUCUUCAAGAGAGACAAAGACAUGGACAUGACCAUAGAUGCAGAUGCUAAAACACCACCAUCAACCCAACCCAACAACACAACAACUUUAAAGUCUUCACCUUUCACAAACGGCACACACAAACGCCACCAGUUAACCAUCACUCCUCCGCCGCAUCAACCACCACCAUCCAUGGUUGUUUCUUACAAAGAAUGUCUCAAAAAUCAUGCUGCAGCUUUAGGUGGACAUGCACUUGAUGGAUGUGGCGAAUUCAUGCCUUCUUCUUCUGUUAAUCUCAAUGACCCUCGUUCCCUCAAAUGUGCAGCUUGUGGUUGUCACCGUAACUUCCACCGCCGUGACCCUCAAGAACACAUCAUCACCACCACCGCCGCAACCACCAACAACAAUUUUGUAAGUUGCAUUUACACAACACCUUCAACAACAGUUCCACCACCACAACCACCACUACCACAAUCGCACCGUGGACCAAUUAGUCAAAGCACAAGUCCAAGUCAAAGUACAAGCCCAAGUCAAAGCCCAAGCCCAAUUUCAAGCCCAUCAUCACCACCACCACUCUCACAUUUACCACCUUCUUCUUACCACACUUCAGCACCCCACAUGCUUUUAGCACUUGGAAAUGCUUAUUCAACAACACCACCAACAACUUCCAAUCAUGAUCAACAUCAUCAAAGACAUAUCAAUUUUUCCUCCUCCGUUGUUAAGAUUGAGAACAACCCAAGUGGAAAAAAGAGGUACAGAACAAAAUUCAGCAAAGAACAGAAAGAGAAGAUGCAAAAAUUUUCUGAGAAAUUGGGAUGGAGAAUGCAAAAGGGUGAUGAUGGAUUGGUUCAGAAAUUCUGCAAUGAUGUUGGUGUUUCAAGAGGGGUUUUCAAAGUUUGGAUGCAUAACAAUAAGAAUAAGAGAUCAGAAUCUGAUGUUGGAAUUGGAAUUGGAAUUGGUGAUCAAAAUGUUGAUGAUAAGAACAAUGAUGGUGGUGGAAGUGGAUUUCGCAGUGAUAUUAACAAUGAGAUUCAUACGAGUGAAGAUGGCUGUGUCAAUAAUGUUCAUGUUUCUUCUGUUAAUGGUAAUUGACGGACUGCAGUAAAAAAAAACCUGGAUUGCAUUUUUAGAGCUGUUGGAUCUAAAAUGGAACGGUUCGUAUUUAAAGUUUGAUAUUUUAUUUUGUUAAAAUCAAAAUAAAUGUUGAUAUUUUGAUUUUGAUCUAACACUCUAAAAGUUCAGGCCACACAAAUGUGGACUUUGUUUUUGACCGUAUGGAGUAUGAUUUCAUAAAUUACAACUAUUUUUUUGCUUUUA